CUCGCCCCGCCGAGGCCCAAUGGCGAGCGGACUGGAGGGGGAGGGGGAGGCCGUGCGUGCGCGUUCUCGCAGGCUCAGGCGCGGCCCCGCGGCAGUGCGUGCGCGCUCACUCGCCCCCUCCCCCAGUCUUUCUGUCUCGGCCGUCGCGGUCGCCUUUUUUCAUCCUUCCGUCCCCCCACUAGCUCGUGUGAGGUGCUCGCAGCGGACCGGCCCCCGCUGAACUCGCCAUGGCUGACGAGAAGCCCAAGGAAGGUGUGAAGACUGAAAAUAAUGACCACAUUAAUCUGAAGGUUGCAGGGCAAGAUGGAUCUGUGGUGCAGUUUAAGAUUAAAAGGCAUACACCACUUAGCAAACUAAUGAAAGCCUAUUGUGAACGACAGGGUUUGUCAAUGAGGCAAAUCAGAUUCCGGUUUGAUGGGCAGCCAAUCAAUGAAACAGAUACACCUGCACAGUUGGAAAUGGAGGACGAAGAUACAAUUGAUGUGUUCCAGCAGCAGACAGGAGGAGUCUACUAAAAGAGAACCAAACUCCCUUUCCCACAGACAACACAUUCACAAUUAGAAAAACGAGACUUGGUUCAGCCACAUCUUGACUACUGCAGUAUAGCUUUUCUCUCUUUGAUUUCUUUUCCUAUUCCUUCUAUUGUACAUAACGUAACUGGUGUAUGUGCACAGACAUGCAUAUUUUUUUUAACUAAAUGGCCAAUGGUAUGUUUUGAUCAACAUCAUAUGGAGAUGGGGUGGUAAAAACAAACUGGUCUGUGAAAAUGCCCCAUUCCUCCAUGGCAUGCUCCUCUAACUUUUAUCUUUAUAUUCCAGUAAGUUAUUUUGCUCUCAUUGUUGAAAAACAAAAACCUUGCAUACCUUAUUUGAUUGGAUAAUUUCAAUGUUUUUCUUUUAUCGUUGUACAACCAAGGACGAUUUUAUAACUUUUUUGUACGUAGCUGUUACAUGUAGAGCAAUCUGUCUUUAAGUAGGGGUAAAUUACUCUAAACAAAAAAUUGAUCUUGGAUAGUUUUCCCUUCAAGUAAAGCGUCUUGUUGUUUAAAUAAACUUCUUGUUUAAAAUAAGCUUAUUUUUCUUUGUUGUUAUAACAUUUAAGCUUGAGAUGAGUCAGCUGUUGUGGCAGACACUGAAUCCACUAGUUACUUGCUGUUGUUUCAUCAAAUUGCUUGCCCAGUUAUUAUGCUUCCCCCUACUGUCUAGAGCAGAGUAAACUUGUCAGAUGCAGAGAGAUGGACUUUUAUCCUUUUUUAAAAAAGAAUAGCUCUUGUACUGAAAGCCUUGGGAAGAAAUGCCAGGGUUUCUAAAUUAGAUAGCCAGAUAAAAAUGUUUGGCUUGUGCUUCAUAGAAUCAUAGAGUUGGAAAGGGACCACAAGGCUCAUCUAGCCCAACCCUUUGCAAUGCAGGAAACCUGCUCAAUCUUGGGCUCAGACCCAUGACUCUGAGAUUAAAGUCUCAUGCUCUACCAACUGAGCUAUCCCAAGUACAGUAUGUACAAAAGGAAACCAGCUGGCAUGCACCUUUAUAUUCGUAUAUAAUUGAGAGGCUGUUCUGAAAGACUAAGGUUAAACUAUAUGUAAUGUGGGUGAUCUGUGGCUAGGUUUCUUCAUGGCUUUUUAGUGAUUAUCCAUCCUCACACAGCUACUUUGAAGUGCUGGUGAAAUGUUUAACCCUUUUUUCACAUACAGUUUCCCUCACAUUCUCCUGAUCUAAAUUGCAACCCAUCACCCUGCUAUUAACUUUGUCGGGAGAAGCGCAAGACGAAGGCUUUAUGGGGAGGCAGUUUCUGGGUCUGGAAGCUAUUGACAAAUUUCCAGUUCUGGAUGGGGUUGCACUCCUCUGGAAGCAGGUAUAAAGCUUGGAGGUGUAGUUAGUAGUGCCUUUUACCUGCUUUCUCUGGAACCGUUUUGGCCGUAUCAUGAUUGGGCUAGUUCGGGUAGAGGUAACCUUGAGACUGGAUUACUGCAGUGGGCUAUAUCUGGGGCUGCACUUGGGCCUGGUCUAGAAGUUCCAGCUAAUGCAGAAUGCAGGGGCUAGGCUGCUGAUGGUGUCAGAUGGCCAAUAGCAUGCAGCACCUCUGCUAAAACCCCUCCCCUGGCUGCCCAUAUGCUCUUGGACAAGGCCUGAACAACUUUGGGUCCAGGAUAUCUUAAGGACUGCCUGAACCUGUGAUUGGUGAUCAAUCACUGAGAUCAUCCAGAAGAGUGCUGUUAGUUGUCCCACAUGUUAGAGUGGACUGACUGGUCUCUGCUAGAAGAUGGACAUUCCACAUCUGACCUGUGGAAUAAAUACUCUUUCAGCAGAGAUUUAGCAGACACCCUUAUUACUUUCAUAAAGAUCUUUUUAUGCCAUUAGGACCUGCGCAGCUGUUAAAACUUUCUUGAUUAGCAAGUCAUUUUCAUGAUCAUUUUAUAUUGUUUUUAUGGUGUUUUAUGUUUUGUUGUAUAUAUUGUACUCUGCCUUGAAAUAUGUGUUGGUGGCAUUUAAAUAAAUGAAUAGCUUGAGAGGGCUGAUUUAGAUUGGGGGAAAUAGCCUAAGAUGAAAGAGGAUGAAACCUCAUUUCCCCCAUCUUUGGAGUAGUUGCU